AUGGAACGCGCGAAACAGACGACAAACAACCCACCAGGAGGAAAGCCCUCAUCAUCCUCAUCUUCUCCUGCUCCACCCUUAUCUUCACCUUGUGCUGCAUCAACACCUGUGGUUCACUCAUCACAGGCGUCUGAGACCCUCUCAUUAAGGAAGUAUUCAGGAAGUGCCGUCUGUGAUACAGACUACAGCGAUGUCACAGACUACAGCGAUGUUGACUAUAUACCAAAAAUCAGCUCAGAUGAUUCGGAUGGUAGUUCUUCUGGACAUGACAUGGUCAAAAGUGCUUUGAUACAUCCAACAUCUCCCAAAGAGGCAGGUAGUUUAUCUGAUCAAUGUAUGACCGCACCAUCACCUAAAAAGAUGAAAUGCCAAUCUAAAGAGACAAACACCUCGUCUGGUGAUAAGACUUUUAUUCAGUCAAUGCCAUCACCUAAGCAGGAACGCAAGACGUACAACAAAAAGCAGUAUUGCCUUUAUUGCUCUAAGCCAUAUUCAAAAAUGGCCAGACACCUUGAAUUUGUCCAUCGCAACGAAGUGGGGGUUGUAAAGGCAGUAGCAUUUCCAAAACAUUCCAAAGAAAGACGAGUCCAGUUAAACCUCCUUAGAAAAAGGGGCAACUUUGCCCACAACACCGAUGUGGUGAGACAAGGACAUGGGGAGAUGAUUGCCUGCUACCGUCCAAAAAAUAGUCAAAGAGCCAAUGAAUUUAUUCACUGCAUUUACUGCCAAGGGCUUUAUAACAAGCGUAGCCUUUGGAAACAUAUCAAAAACUGUCCCCUGAAACCAAAAAAUGAGGAUGCCCAGGGCAGGAAAAGAGUUCGAUCCCUGUGUGCUCUAAACACACCAGUGGGCUUAGAAGUGAGCAAAGGAUUCAAGAAAGUACUCUCCUUUAUGAACUAUGAUGAAGUUUCGCGUGUAGUUCAUACUGACAGAUGCAUCAUGCAGCUGGGGGAGCACAUGUUCAACAGGAUGGGGUCUGAUGUGACCAAACAUGACUACAUCAGACAGAAGAUGAGAGAAGUAGGCAGACUUCUUCUUGAAGCAAGGAAGAUUACCCCACUGAGAACAAUGGUAGACUUCAUCAUACCAACUAACUUCAAACAUGUCAUAGCAGCUGUUAAAGUUGUAUCUGGCUAUGAUGAAGAGAAAAACUCCUACCGCAUUCCUUCUUUAGCUCUCAAACUUGGGCAUUCUUUAAACAAGAUAUCUAGCAUUGUUGAGAGCAAUGCCAUGAUGUAUGGAGAUCAUGAGCGUGCUGAGUGUGCCCGAGACUUCAGGAAAAUACACCAGGCAAGGUGGAAUGAGUACAUUUCUGCUGGUGCUAUAACUACAUUGAAAGAAGCCAAGUGGAACACACCACAGAUCAUUCCUUUCACUCAGGAUGUCAAAGUCCUGCACACACAUCUUGAAAAGAAACACAAUGAGCUCCUAAGUAAGCUCAGAUCUUGCCCUUCUGCUGACAGCUACGCUGCUCUAGCCAAGGUCACGCUGUCCCAGGUCAUCCUGUUCAACCGAAGGAGAGAAGGUGAGGUAUCCCGGAUGCUUUUGUCAGCUUUUAAAAGCAGGGAUUCUUCUGAGCUACACGAAGACAUUGCCAUCUGUCUGUCUGAGUUUGAGAGGAAGCUGUGUCUGCACUUCUCAAGAGUUGAGAUCCGUGGUAAACGAGGGAGAAAGGUUCCUGUGCUCCUCAAGCCUUCCAUGGUUUCUGCCAUGGAGCUGCUUGUUGAAACGCGUGAGCUUUGUGGUGUUCCAGCAGAGAAUCCCUUUAUGUUUGCUAGAUGUGGAGCAAUGUCUGCCUACAGAGGAGGAGAGUGCAUCAACAAAGCUGCUUGCGAAUGUGGCAUAAAGAACCCUGAUGCACUGUCAUCAACUAGGCUUAGGAAACACAUAGCAACCAUGUCUAAAAUUCUUAACCUUAAUGAGAAUGAAGCAGACCAACUGGCUGAUUUCCUUGGUCACGAUAUCCGAAUCCACAGACAGUAUUAUCGGUUACCAGAGGGAACACUGCAGCUGGCAAAAAUGAGUAAAGUCCUAAUGGCCAUGGAGAAAGGAACACUGUCUGACUACAAAGGAAAGAAACUUGAUGACAUUGAAAUCGACCCAAAUGAGCAACUUGAGGCCCAAGGUGAUUCCAUGUCAAGUGAUGAGGAGGAUUCCAGUGACCUAUCUCAGACGACAGCACCAGCACCAGUACAGACUGAUCAACCUGUUCAAUCUGAACAAGCUGUUUCACAGGAGGAUCAAGGUUCUUCAAAUGCUCCAAAAAAGAAAUGGGAGGACAGUGAGGUAAAAGCAGUAGAGAGACACAUGAUGAGUUUCAUCAAGACAUGCAAAGUUCCUGGUAAGCAAGACUGUGAAAGAUGCAUUCACGCAGAGCCAGAAGCUUUGAAGCAGCGAACAUGGACUGGUGUGAAAAAUUAUGUGCGGAACAGGAUCACGACUCUUAAAAGAAAGGGUGGUUUGUAGGAAGGCACAAACACUUCAGCACUUUGCACAUUAUGCUCUUUUUGUAGGAAAUGGAGCUAAAUUAAAAGAAAUGAGGAUAAAGGUGUAGAAAUAUUUUGUGGAUGGAAUGAAACAGAAUAUAAAGUGAAAAGUUAGAGUAUAAGAAGGUUAAUGAAGAAGUAGAGGAUAGUAAGAGUCAAUUUUCUUUGUUCAGUUACAAUAUAGUUGGAUGAAAUGUCAUGUUAAACUUUUUGAUAUUUCUGUCAUAGAGGGAGGAGAGAAUGUAAAGAUGAUAAAAAAGGGAAGAGUGAAUAGCUGUGCUGGACAUGGGCUGUGGCUGGAUGUAACCGAUUGGUGAGAGUUAAUGUGUGCAGACGAGAGAAGCUGAAAACUGAGAUGUGAUGUCAGACACUUUCUGCUUCCUGUAGUGAUGCAGAGCCAGAAGCUUUGAAGCAGGGAACAUGGACUGGUGUGAAAAAUUAUGUGCGGAACAGGAUCACGACUCCUAAAAGAAAGGGUGGUUUGUAGGGAGGCACAAACACUUCAACACUUUGCACAUUAUGCUCUUUUCGUAAGAAAUGGAGCUAAAUUAAAAGAAAUUAAGAUAAAGGUGUAGACAUUAAAAUUAAGAGACGCUCGCGCUGUUUGCAUACUUUACCACAGCUGAAGUAGAAAAAAUGCAUUAUUUUCCAAAUACACAGAUAUUUCGGAGACAUUUUCAUUCAAUACAUGCACUGCUUGAUACAGUGUCUGUUUGUACAAGAAUAAAGUUCAACAUAAGCCUAAAUACCAACGUAAAGAGGGAGGAGAGAAUGUAAAGGGGACGUAAAGAGGUAGGAGAGAAUGUAAAGGGGACGUAAAGAGGGAGGAGAGAAUGUAAAGGGGACGUAAAGUGGGAGGAGAGAAUGUAAAGGGGACGUAAAGAGGGAGGAGAGAAUGUAAAGGGGACGUAAAGUGGGAGGAGAGAAUGUAAAGGGGACGUAAAGAGGGAGGAGAGAAUGUAAAGGGGACGUAAAGUGGGAGGAGAGAAUGUAAAGGGGACGUAAAGAGGUAGGAGAGAAUGUAAAGGGGACGUAAAGUGGGAGGAGAGAAUGUAAAGGGGACGUAAAGAGGGAGGAGAGAAUGUAAAGGGGACGUAAAGAGGGAGGAGAGAAUGUAACGGGGACGUAAAGUGGGAGGAGAGAAUGUAACGGGGACGUAAAGAGGGAGGAGAGAAUGUAAAGGGGACGUAAAGUGGGAGGAGAGAAUGUAAAGGGAACGUAAAGAGGGAGGAGAGAAUGUAAAGGGGACGUAAAGAGGGAGGAGAGAAUGUAAAGGGGACGUAAAGUGGGAGGAGAGAAUGUAACGGGGACGUAAAGAGGGAGGAGAGAAUGUAAAGGGGACGUAAAGUGGGAGGAGAGAAUGUAACGGGGACGUAAUGAGGGAGGAGAGAAUGUAAAGGGAACGUAAAGGACGUAAAGUAGGAGAGCAUGUAAAGGGGACGUAAAGAGGGAGGGGAGAAUGUAAAGGGGACGUAAAG